GUGAGAGUUCAGUCCCUUCCACAAAAUGGCGGCUUACUGAUUCUUUAAAUGUGGGAAAACCGUGUCUGUUGGAGUUAUACAUAAAACGUUGUGCUUUGGAUUACAUUUUAGAGGUAAAAGGAAAGGUGGCGGCAGCUAAUCUGCCAUGACUUCAAUCAUCAAAAUGCAUGUCUUCUCUGGGGCUCACGAUGAGUCGCCUCCCUGCUACCUUCUCCAAGUGGAUGAAUUUCGCUUUCUCCUUGAUUGUGGUUGGGAUGAAGAUUUCAAUAUGCAUUUUAUUAAAGAACUCAAGAGGUACUCUCAUCAGAUUGAUGCAGUGCUCCUGUCUUAUCCAGAUCACUUGCAUCUAGGUGCCUUGCCAUACAUGGUUGGCAAGGCAGAGCUGAACUGCCCUAUUUAUGCUACAGUUCCAGUCUAUAAAAUGGGGCAAAUGUUUAUGUAUGAUCUGUAUCAGUCUAGACACAAUGCAGAAGAUUUUGACAUCUUUACACUUGAUGAUGUUGAUGCUGCUUUUGACAAAAUAAUACAGCUGAAAUAUUCUCAGUCAGUUGCGCUUAAAGGAAAGGGUCAUGGACUUCAGAUCACACCCCUGCCAGCCGGCCACAUGCUUGGAGGAACCAUCUGGAAAAUAGUAAAGGAUGGAGAGGAGGAGGUUAUCUAUGCUGUGGAUUACAAUCACAAGAAAGAAAGGCAUUUGAAUGGCUGCGUGUUGGACUCCAUUAGCAGACCCUCACUUUUAAUCACAGAUGCAUUCAACGCCUUGUACAACCAGUCCAGGCGACGUCUGAGAGAUGAGCAGCUAUGAGUGACAACCAUCUUGCAGACAAUGAGGAAUGAUGGCAAUGUCCUCAUUGCGACAGACACUGCAGGACGGAUGCUGGAACUGGCUCAGCUUUUAGACCAAAUGUGGCGCAAUACAGAGUCAGGCUUGACAACAUAUUCUUUAGCUCUUCUUAACAAUGUCAGUUUCAAUGUUGUGGAGUUCGCCAAGUCACAGGUUGAGUGGAUGAGUGACAAGAUCAUGCGAGCGUUUGAAGACAACAGGAACAACCCAUUUCAGUUCAAACAUCUUAAACUGUGUCACAAUCUGGCAGAACUUGCUCGUGUUCCAGAACCAAAGGUGGUGCUGGCCAGUACACCGGACCUGCAGUCAGGCUACUCGCGGGACCUCUUCGUGGCCUGGUGCGGCAACAGCAAGAACAGCAUCAUACUGACCUCCCGCACCUCGCCCGGCACCCUCACCCGAUGGCUCAUCGAGAACCAGGAGGCCAAGACUGUCACACUUGAGAUUCGCCGGCGCAUCAAGCUGGACGGCGCGGAGCUGGAGGAGUACGUGAAGAGGAAGCAAGAUCAGGAACAGGAGGACAUCAGGCGAAAGGUGGAGCUGGCCCUCAAGGGCGAUGUGGACUCCAGCGAUGAGAGCGAAACAGAGAUGGAGGUGGACAGCUUCUACACCUCUGGGGUGAAAGGGAAACACGACUUGAUGAGGAAAGCUGAGAACAAGAGCCGGACUGGGUUCUUCAAGCAGGCCAAGAAGGCCUACCCCAUGUUCCUGUUCCAGGAGGAGAAACUCAAGUGGGACGAGUAUGGUGAGGUCAUCAGGCCAGAGGACUACAUCAUCGCAGACCCAGUACCAGCCGAUGAAGAAAAGUCCAAAGAGGACAACGGUGUGGCGGCUGGUGACGCUGCCUUUGACGAGGAUACGUCACGCGAGGUGCCGACCAAGUGCGUGUCGUCCACCGUCACGCUGGACAUCAACGCCAACGUCCUGUACAUCGACUUCGAGGGUCGCUCUGACGGCGACUCCAUCCGCCGCUACCUGACGCAGAUCAAGCCCCGGCAGUUGGUGCUAAUUCACGGCCCAGAGGAGGCGACCAGCUCGCUGGCUGACUACUGCCACACCGCCAACGCCGUUCAGGGGAGAGUAUUCUGCCCGUCAGUAGGGGACGUAAUCGAUGCUACCACAGAGCGCCACAUCUACCAGGUGCGGCUGCGUGACCAGCUCGCCAGUUCCCUCAACUUUGCCAAAGCACGUGACAUCGAACUGGCGUGGAUCGACGGCCAGAUUGACAUGUCCGCUGGCCGCACAGACACCAGCGCCAUGUCGGAAGGCAAAGGUCAAGAAUCGAUGGACACCAAAGACAAUAAGGAAGAAGAGGAGGAACCAGUAGCUGAAUUGGUCCCCACUCUCUACCCCUUACCACCAUCUCAGGUGCAGCCCCACACGGCCGUGUUCGUCAACGAGCCCAAACUGUCCGACUUCAAGCUCGUCCUCAUCAACGCCGGCAUCCCCUGCGAGUUCGUGGCCGGCGUGCUCAUCUGCAACAACGUGGUAGCCGUCAGAAGGGAGUCUGGCAGAAUACAGGUGGAAGGGACCCUGUGUCCAGACUACUUCAAGGUGCGAGAACUCCUGUACGAGCAGUACGCCAUAGUGUAACGUUCCCGGGCGGGUUGCAGCAACGGAAGUGGUUGGAAUCGUGGUGUAAAGUGACACUGGUUAUCAAGUGCAAGCAAGCGCGCGUGUGAGAAUUGUGUAAUCUUGUGAAAGACGAGUUUGCGAGAAGAAACAUUCCUUCAGCCUAGUUUCUUGGUGUAGUUGAUCAGCUAGACAGGUGCACCUGGAGGAAAAGAUGGCUGGGACCAGACUGUCUUAUGUGAGGAUGAAUGUGACUUUACAAACUUUGUAUGUGGAUAUUGUUGCGCGUUUGUUCAUCUGGUCAAAAUGAUUAAAGUUGGGUUUUUUUA